AUGGCGACCAGGGGACAAAGAGGGACUUUUUGGCAGCGGGAGGAGGUUUUGGCGAUGCUGGACAUUGCUGAGAGGAGCGGCCAUGCGGAGCAGCUAAUGUCAAGCACGCACCUCAACACCCGCCAGACCUACGAGGCGAUAGCCAGGAGGUUGCAGCGGAGGGGGUUUGACCGGACUGCAGCCCAGUGCCGGUCAAAAUUUAAACGCCUCCGCUGCAACUUCAUGGCCAGCCUGCAGGCGUGGGGCGGUAUCCCCAGGGCGUCAGGAAGGACACUCUACCACGACGCCAUGCUGCGUCUGUGGGAGUUGGCGGGGAGACCCCGUUGGGAGGACCGCCACCAUGAUUUUGACACCCGUCCACAAGGUGCAGGGGAGCAGCCAGGCCCACCCAUUGAGGAAGAGGAGCAGGAGGAUGAUCCCGAGAGGAAGGGUCCUCAACUGGAUGUGGAGGAGCAAGAAGGUGGCGGGAGCCCAAAAGUGGCACAGGCUGAGGAAGCUGAGCCUGCAGGAGCAGCAGAGGCCGCAGAGGAAGCAGCCGCAAAUGCCAGCCACGCGGCCGCAGCCUCGCUUUAUAAAGACUCCCUUCAAGCUCCGCCCACGACGCUUGUCACGCGCUCCUCUCUCGCGUGCGCCGAGCUCCGCUCUAUAGAGAUAGGCAAAGGCUCUUUUCAGAGUCGCCACUUCCGGAGUCCAUUUGACGCUAGGGACCUGCAGGUGAAGCGCAGAAGGCAAGAGAGGGAGGGAAGAGGGAUCUCCAGCGUCGAUUUGGAUGUCUUUGGGGCACAAAUGCAGACGGAGGAGCCCGGGGACAUAGAAAGAAGCCCGCAAUGA